CCAGUCAAUCAGUCAUCAUCGCUAUUAGAGUCUCAGAUUGUCACACAAAACUACACGGCACAGACAGCACAGUAUUCGGCCAUCAGUGAUUUUCACUUGCUAAUUUAGUCCCUGCAACGUCGUCAUCUCUGUUAUGACCUGCUCUUAUACCGCCUAUAUAAUAAGGUAUACCCCACAUUCACUCGGUGACCAUGGUCCGCCUACCACUUCAGCGCUUUAUCAGCUCCAAGAGCACCACUCCAAUUCAGCAGAGUCGGAAUCCAAGUCCGUUGAGAUCGCCAAUGGAAUCCACGUUAAUACUCAGGGUCAAUGUGGUCAAGGGAAGGAACCUCGCAGCAAAGGAUAGAGGAGGCACAAGUGAUCCCUACCUCGUCGUCUCCCUCGGAAGCGCUCGAGACUCGACUCCAACUAUCAGCAAGACUCUAAACCCCGAUUGGAAUGUAACGUUUGAACUACCCAUCAGCGGGGUGCCUCUCUUGGAGUGUGUCUGCUGGGACCGUGAUCGCUUUGGAAGAGACUAUAUGGGAGAAUUCGACAUCCCCUUGGAGGAGAUCUUUGCAGAAGGCGAAACUCAACAUCAGCCUACAUGGUAUACGCUAGAAUCCAAACGGAGACGAGGGAAGAAGAAGGAGCACAUAGUUUCUGGAGAGAUUCUCAUCCAGUUUUCCCUCCUUGACACUGCUAAUCCCAAUGCAAGUCCCGCAGAUACCUAUCGAAAAUUCAAAUCCAUCGUGUGCGCUGCGGAAGAAGACGAUGAUGAUACAACGCUAGCCGCACCUGAUCAGGAUGAUAACGACAAAGACGAAGAGACAUCGGAUGAAACCGAUGACCCUACCAAACCCGAGAUUGUGGAAAAGCGAAGGCGCCGGCUGCGCAUCGCACGAUUGAAACGCAAAUCUCUCGCGGCCCGAGCAUAUCAGUUUUCCGGUGCUUCGAAUGGAGUACAAGGGGUGAUCUUCCUCGAAAUCAAUAAGAUCACUAACCUUCCACCAGAAAAAAACGUCACUCGGACCUCCUUUGAUAUGGAUCCUUUCGUGGUAACCUCUCUGGGACGAAAGACACUCCGUACGAGAGUCGUUCGUCAUAAUUUGAACCCCGUUUAUGACGAAAAGAUGGUCUUUCAAGUCAUGAAACACGAACAGUCAUAUACUAUGAGAUUCACAGUUGUUGAUCGCGAUAAAUUGUCUGGGAACGAUCUUGUCGCGACCGCCGAGCUUCCACUUCAGACCUUGAUUGCAGCUGCCCCAGAGGCCGAUCCGGAGACUGGCCUUUACAAGUUACAGGAGCCUUCCAGGCCGCCGUUGCAGUCUCAGAAGUCACGUUUUCGCCUGCCCAUGUCACGCUCCAACUCUGCAACUAGCUUGAGCAAAUCGUCGAAACCAACUUUAGUAUCUCAAUCCUCCAACCCUUCGCUGAUUACCACGCAAUCUAGCUCUGAUAAAUCCCCACCUACACCUCCCACCUCCGUCCCUUCUGAAACGACAAACAGUUCACUCCUCGACGUCCCCAGUGUUAUUCCACCAAAGGUGGAGGAGACAACUCCGCCACCCCAGAGCUCUGCCGAUGGCGAGGAUCUCAAGACAUACACGAUCCCACUUUUGUUGAAGAACAAGGAAAGAUGGGAAGACAAGUAUUCUCCAGAGCUCUAUAUAAAAGCGAAAUACAUGCCGUAUAAAGCACUUCGCCAACAGUUUUGGAGGGUUAUGCUCAAGCAGUACGACGCUGAUGACAGUGGUCGCCUUAGUAAGAUAGAGCUCACUACCAUGCUCGAUACACUUGGGUCAACUCUGAAAGAAUCCACGAUCGAUGGUUUCUUCAGCAGGUUCUCUGCUGAGAAUGAAUCUAGUGAAGUUAACGAUUUAACCUACGACCAAGCUGUGAUCUGUUUGGAAGAUGCUCUUCAGAAGGUACAGAAAAACAAUUUUGGUGGAAUCGACUCCAAGCUUCGCAAUCUGGUACCAAGCUCUUUAUCUUCAACAGAUGACCGUAGCCCAGACAAUUCUUCUGGCGCGGACGAAACGAUUGAUGCAGAGGGUACAAACGAUCAGCCACAGCAGCUGGAUUUGUCCGAAUUUCCGGAGGGGGAGCAGCCCUCCCCAGGAUAUGGUGAACUCGCACCUGAUGACCUUGCCGAUGACCAGGGUGAAGAGCAUGUCAUUGAAAUUGGAGAAUGUCCACUAUGCCACCAGCCACGUCUGAGCAAGCGAUCUGACGCAGACAUUAUCACCCAUCUUGCAACAUGCGUUAGUCAGGACUGGAGACAGGUUGAUAACCUUGUGAUGGGCGGCUUCGUUACGUCUAGCCAAGCACAACGCAAAUGGUACAGCAAAGUUGUUACUAAGAUUGGAUAUGGAGGAUACCGACUAGGUGCCAAUUCGGCGAAUAUUCUGGUACAAGACCGCAUCACCGGUCAAAUAAACGAGGAGAAAAUGAGUGUCUACGUCCGGCUCGGUAUUCGCUUGUUGUACAAGGGCAUCAAAAGCCGUGACAUGGAGAAGAAAAGAAUUCGGAAAAUGCUUAAGUCGCUUAGCAUAAAACAAGGGAAGAAAUAUGACGAUCCAGCUUCUGCUAGCCAGAUUGAAAGCUUCAUCAACUUCCAUCGACUCGAUAUGUCAGAGGUCCUGGAACCCGUGGAAAACUUCAAGACAUUUAAUGAGUUUUUCUAUCGUAAAUUGAAGCCGGGUGCAAGACCUUGUUCUGCUCCCGACGAGCCGAAAAUCGUUGUCUCUCCUGCUGAUUGUCGCAGCGUGGUCUUUGACCGCAUUGAAGAUGCUACCAAAAUUUGGAUCAAAGGUCGGGAGUUCUCUAUCGAGCGUUUGCUGGGCAAGGCUUAUCCAGAGGAUGUCGCACGGUAUAAGAACGGUGCUCUGGGCAUAUUCCGGCUUGCACCCCAGGACUAUCAUCGCUUCCAUAUACCUGUGGACGGAGUGCUGGGCACUCCUAAGACUAUCGAAGGUGAAUACUACACAGUAAACCCUAUGGCUAUCCGCUCGGCUCUCGACGUUUAUGGUGAGAACGUCCGAGUACUAGUCCCCAUAGACUCUGUCUGUCAUGGUCGGGUGAUGGCCGUAUGUGUUGGUGCCAUGAUGGUUGGAAGCACCGUGAUUACUCGCAAGACUGGUGAGAAGGUGACUCGUGCCGAGGAACUAGGAUAUUUCGCAUUUGGUGGUAGUACCGUUGUGCUGCUCUUCGAACCGGGAAAAAUCCUUUUUGAUAGUGACCUAGUUGAUAAUUCCAAAGGGGCACUGGAAACACUGGUAAGUGCGAUCAAGACGAAAAUGCAUAACACAUGGAAGUCGUUACUAACAACAUCCUCCGUUGACAGAUUCGUGUGGGCAUGUCCAUAGGUCACAGCCCAGACGUUCCUCAAUUCGAGCCUGACGUACGGCAAAAGGAGCACGAGAUCUCUCAGGAAGAGAAAGAGGAAGCCGAUCGCAGGAUCAUGGGUUGAUUGUCGUGCGCUGGGAAUAGUAGAUAGGUAUAUAUUUGUAAUAAUCGAUGAUUAUACGACAUUGUGGCAUGAACGAGUGCAACACAAUGUGAUCUUGCCUGUAGAAAGAAAAGUUA